UUGACUAAAAUGUUUCAAGCGUGUAAGUAGUCAUUUUCAAGAGUGAGACGAUUGAAUAUGACGUCAUGCGCUCCAUUGAUGUUGUCUAAAUCGUGACAUCAUGCUCGUUUGGAUACAGAUUUUGACAGUUCGUUUGGAUACAACGGAUUCAUCAACACGGAUCUAUGUUUACUCUACUAUCUAUACUCAGUACCUGCGUUCUCUGCAAGAUGUUCGGCGAAGUGCUGCUUACGCAUUUCGAUUAUACCUCUCUUCCAUAUGUCAAGAAGUUCUUGUCCUUAUCCUGGCAGAUUUUGACUCGCAACACGUAGACGUCGCGAGAUGCGUUGAGCUUCUGGUAGAACUUCCGUGCUUCUCGAAAACAGCGCAGCAGUUGUAUUUCCUCGCACUCCACUUCUUCUAGGCGGCGUUUCUUCUCAUGGAAAAGAUGGAAUUGCUGCUUCCGCUUCUGUUUGUAACGUUCGAUUUGAAAUUCUGCCGGGUCCCAUGCUUCAGUAUGACCGCCCACGCAGUGAUCUUCUUCUCUAAACGCUCCUUACUCCCUCCUCGUCGAACCAAUCGUUCCUUCGACUGCGUUCCAUUUAUCCGACAAUGCUCUCGGUUAUGCGUUUAAAUAUGGAUAACUGCGAGCUCACCCUCGUCUGUCAAUGCUGCCUCGAGAUUCUGCGCGUAGGCAUCCAGUUGAAUCAGCCACCUUAGAUUGUACCGGAAAUGUCGCCGAUGCAGUUUGACUAUCAUCUGAGAGUGGCCAGAGUCGAUGCUAUCGUCACAAUAGUUCAUGACGUGGCGUCCAUCAAUUAGAAUCUGGUCGAUUUGCGAUUCCGUCUGCUGUGGUGAUCUCCAAGUGUAACGAUAAUGGGAGGCUGUGCUAGAAAAAGAUGCUAUGUUUGGCCAUGUUCUUGGAGACGUCGAAAUCGAUGAGCCGUAGGUCGUUUUCGUUCGUCAGCAGGAGGACACUGAACUUUCCAAUUAUCGGUCUGAAUUUCUCAUCCUGACCAAUAUUACAGGUUUUACCGUGCCGUGGUCUGUUGUAUGCAGUGGUCCGCAAAAUGUAGACUAACGCUAUAAAAUGUUAAAUUGCAUUACACGAAGCACCAUCUCUUCAAAUACGUUCGCCAAUCAUAUAACGAAAAAGGUUCAAUACAUGGAACGAACAGCCCAAAUAUCCAAAGCGGUAAACGCAAUGAUUUUCAUGCAGACAAUUAAUGCUGAGGGUGUCCGGUUCGAUUCCUGGUAGAUCCAGGAAUUAUUCGUAAUAGAAAUUUCCUUGACUUCCUUAAUUUCCGUGCAUGACACACAUACACGAAUGCGCAAAUGAUCAUUGACAGAGAAGACUUAGGUUGAUAAAUGUAAAAGUGCUCAUAGCACAUGCACGAUACUUCAAGAAGUAAAUGAAAAACAAAAAGUGGUACGGAAAUGUUGAACUACGCUUAACUAUCCGUUUGAAACACUUAUAAACAGUUUGAUGUUUAUGUUUUCUCCCAGAAUCCCUGAAAUAUUUAUAAUAAAAAAAAAACAGGUUAUCAAGUAUGUUUAUUUACAAGUCUGCGGCGCCGUUACAAAGUGAUUCAAACCCCGGCUGUCUGCAUCAAUUAACACUUUAGUAGUAGACGAGCUUGCAUAUAGCAAAGUCACGACACUUGACGACGCCAAUAGAGAACGCGAUGAAGGCAUUUGCAGUGAGUUUCACGCUGUGCUGCUUGAUCGCAGCAGCCCUCGCCGCCAGGAUGAUCCAGCCUAACGCCACUCAUCCAGAUCACCCGGGCAAGUGCUAUCACCGAAGUUCCGGCCUGGUGUUCGAUGUAGAUGAAAAGAAAACAUUACCGGGAACGUGCAUGCUGGUUCUUUGCUCGGAAGAUUAUUCUUUGAUAUUCCACACGUGCGGAGUGGCCGUUAUGGACGAUGACCCAGACUGCGAACCUAUUGAACAGGACUUCACUAAGAACUACCCAGAAUGCUGUAAUAAGUACAAAUGCGUACGCAAUGGAGAAGUUAAUUAUAUUUGAUAGAACAUGACUCAAAUUCGUAGUAAGAUAUGUUAUGCACUACUUAGACAUACGAUUGAUAUUUUAUAUAAAUGCGAAACAAAUUAAAAUCAAAUAAAUCGAAUAUUUGGUGUCCCAUUCAUUGUGAAAUGUAAAAAUUAAUAGUAGAGACGAUCGACAAACAACCAACAACUGGACAAUUUCCACAUAAUUGGUCAUAAUUCAGAAACGGAGAAAAACCACAUCUUGAAAAUUUCACUUAUGUUCCCUUCCAAAAAUAUUUUUAUAAGAAUUUUUCCGGACUUCCUAAAUAGUUUUUUUUUUCAACUUUUCCAACCUAAAUAUUUUCCUCAACAGUGGAAAAAUUGUGGACAGCAAUUUUCAUUUUGUAGGGAAAUGGAACCAUAUCGGGGUCCUAUUUUGGGCACUUUUCUGCUAUAACUCAGCCAAUUCUGAACCAGUUGAUAUAAGUUUUGGAACACGAUGAGAUACGUAUAGUAUCUAGCUGUGUACAAAAUUUCAAGUCGAUUGGUUUGAAAUUGACUUAGUUAUACACUAUCUAUUUUUGAAUUUCUGAGAAAAUUUGCCUACGAUUUCACAAAAAAAUGUGUACGAUGCUUUCAAGUCGAUUGGUUUGAAAUUGACUCAGUUAUACCCUAUCUAUUUUUGAAUUUCUGAGAAAAUUUGCCCACGAUUUCACAAAAAAAAAUGUGUCUACGAUGCUCCAUUCUUAAGUUAUGAUUUUUUAAACAAACGGCUCAUAUAGCACAUCUGGACAAUUCCCACAAAAUUGGUCAUAACAAAGGAACGGAGAAAACCCACAUCUUGAAAAUUUUACAGAAUAUAGCUUAUAAAAUUUCCUUUUUAAUUUUUUUUUGGGAUUUUUUCCGAACUUCAAAAAUAGUUUUUCCGACUUUUCCAAUCGAUUAUCCUCAACAGAGGAAAAUUGUGUGGAAAACAAUUUUUAUUUUGUACUUUUUUUUAAUUGCUGAGAAAAUUUGUUUAUAAUUUCACAAAAAAAAUGUGUCUACGAAGCAGUACUUGAGUUAUGAUUUUUUAAA